AUGCCUAAUCUAGCCAAAGCUGUGAAGCAUCUAGUUUUUAUUGGUGUUUACUUUUUUAUGACGUCUCCUAAGGACAAAAAGCGUAGUAGUCAACGUGUAUCUCUGGAUAUACUUAGCAACCUACCAGGGAAUUUAAUUGAUGAGAUUCUAAUUCGUUUACCUUUACAAGAUGCUGUGAGGACAAGCAUCUUAUCGAAGAAAUGGAGAUAUAACUGGUGCAAACUUCCAGAGUUAACCCUUAAUGAACAAGCUUAUAGAACUUCGGAGAAGCCAAUACUUCUUGCAACUACAUUUACAAACAUUGUCAACCACCUUUUGACCCUUCAUUCAGGACCAAUUACUAAGUUCACCCUCAACUUUGAUCCUUAUCUAAUACCCUGUCCUACAUUUGACAACUUGAUAUAUUUCCUUUCUAGGAAUGGCAUUCAACAUCUUGUUCUUAGACUUCCAUGGGGUAUUGAACCAUACAAAUUGCCUUCUUCAUUUUUCUCAUGUUUGCAGUUGAGGCAUCUGACUCUUCAAAAUUGCUUAAUAGAGCUUCUUCCACCGGCCUUCAAAGGAUUUCAUAGCAUAUCCCUCUUCUGGAAAAAGUUUCUCUUAUGCAUAAUCGUUUUCCUGUGGAGGAAGGACACUGAUAUUACUAAGUUUUUCAAGUCUUUUUCUGUUGUCCAGCAUCUUAAAUUGGAUGAUGGUAGUCUCAAGUUAUUUGCUGCAGGACCAGGUGGAGUACCAACAAGGCUUACUUUUGAUCUCAUCUCUGUCGAAAGUCUUCACCUUUCUGAUAUUUUUCUUGAUGCGUUGGAUGUGGUUUCAUGUGCUCUUUGCCUGAUCAGAAGUUUCCCAUAUUUACAAUAUAUGGAAAUUGAGGUUGGUGAUUGUUGUGAGGAUUAUAUUCCCGCUUUGGAAUGUCUUGAAGUGGAAGGUUUCUCAGAUGUGACAUUUAGUCGCCUCAGGGAAGUUAAGCUAAUAGGUGAUCUGGCCAUAGAGCCGGGGAUUCAGCUUGUUAAGCUUCUGUUAGCCAAGUCACCCGUGCUGGUGAAAAUGCUGAUAGAGACCUGGAUAAAUGAUGAUACUGCCGAGCAACUAAUUCAGUCUCUUGGCAAAACAUACGGAUUGGACGUUGUGCUAGCAGAAUUUCCACGUGCAUCACCUAAUGCAAAAGUUGUCUACAACGUUGAGUAUGAUCACCAUUUGGACUAUCUCCUGUAAUGAGGCUUAUGACAUGUACCAAUAUGCUAUGUUGUUCGGACUCUCCUAAAAUGUCGACGGGCGUGUGUCGGAUCCUCUAAAAAUAGUGCAUUUUUGGUGGAUCAGACACUGGUGCGACAAUAUUUUUGGAAAGUCCGCACAACAUAGCUGAUAUGUGACUGUUUAUUUCUGUGUUAUGUUGUGGUUGCUGUGUGUUAACCUAAAUUGUCCCCUAACUCUAGCAGCACUAAAAUGGAUUUUUUUUGUUGUUGUUAUUAUUAACCUUGAUAUUUGAUAUGUUCGUUAUUCAAUCUA